AUGAAGACCCUAUCGGCUCUUUUUCUGCUUUCCCUUCUCGGGAUGACAGUAGCUAUGUCUGUCGACUCGGACUCCCAGUCCUCUUCCGAAGACGAUGAUCAAGAUCACAGUCAUCAUCACAACCAUGGCUCACGGCCACGUCCACGUCCACGUCCAGCUGUCGUCCCCAAGAAAAAGUGUGAUGCCGGAUGGCUGACCUUCGAUCGGCCACAGGGAAGAUGGUGUGUUGGGGUGAGAAUCAAAGACAUCCUCUAGAGUCUCAAAAUUUGGACUGUUUUAGCUAUUCUACAAUACUAUCAGUCAAAUUGCCGCACAGGCCGAGUGCCAGAAGAUCGGAGCCGUACUGACUGGAGUUCAGAACAACGACGAGAGGAUUAAGAUUGCUAGUAAACCUUAAAACCUUGAAAUCAUUUGAUUUCCUAGAGGAAUGCAAGAUUUGCAGAUGCUGGAAGACAAAUCCUGUUGAAGUAUAACCUUGGCGACGCGGCGAUUUGGUUGGGAGCGAGACGAAGGGCCGCGUGUCCACGAGUCGGUGUCUGCAGUCCUGGCAACACUUUCGAGUGGACCGACAAUUUCACUACUGGCCUCGAUGGAUUCUUCUUCUCCACGUGUCAACCGGAUGGACUUAUCAAUGCAUCGGGGUAGGUUUCAGAAUGGUUUUUAGAACGGUUUAGUAUCAAUCCCAAGUUUUGGUGCUGCUUAACGAAAAAUGUAGUUUGUAAGCUAAGCAGCUUCAAACUGGGUAUGCUGCUCCGGAGCAGCUCAGACUAUGCACUGAAAAAUUUUCGUUGAGCAGCGUCAUUUUUGGUGCACGGUCAAUUACGACAUUUUUGAAAAGUGCAAACAUUAAUAGUUAGAUAAUUUCCGGACCUUUUCCAGAAUUCAAUCGUGCAUCCAUCAGUUCAUCUUCUCGAACGGAGACACUCAUCCGACGUGGCCGGGAAUUCAUCACGGCGAUUAUGAUGACCAGUACUGUCAGGACACUUCUGGUCCACGCAGAAAGUUGUACGCUUGUGGAAAGAAUCCCACUGUAUAA